GCUAUGAAUCAUGUUAGCAUGCUUUGGCAGUUGAGGCGUCGAGCUUGUCGAGGGGUUUUGUACAUUGCCCUUUUUUGCAUGAUUAUUGCUGUACUGUAUACACUGUGUACUGAAAACAGUAUACCUGCCAUUGAUGCCAUCUUGGAGACUAUUUUAUGGAGCCUAAGAAGAACAGACAUAUCCAGUCACAAAGUGAGUGAUUUCUUUUUUGCCAAAGGGAAGGCUGGAGAGAUAUGGAAUGAUGAGAUGUCUAGCAGCGUGCUGGGCAUUAGGCUGAAUAAGGUGGUGCAGAACUAUCAGGCAAUGAAUAAAUAUGGUGUAAAUGUCUCUGCCUCACAAGGUAGAAAAAGAGGACAAAAACGAAAUGGCCCAGAGCUCCUGUGCCAACUUAAAGAGAUGGUAAAAAUCACCACAUUAACGCCAGAGAUGGAGCCCUUUACUAAAUUCCUCUGGGCCUCCCAUCUGCCUACUCAACCCCUGACCUCUGCACUUGGCCCAUUUAAAACAUGCGCUGUUGUGACGUCUGCAGGUUCUCUGAGAGAUUCUGGACUUGGGGAAGAGAUUGAUGCCCAUGAUGCAGUGGUACGAUUCAAUGCUGCACCCACUGUGGGCUUUGAGAAGGACGUUGGGUCCAAAACUACAGUCCGUAUAAUAAAUUCUCAGGUAAUGGCAUCAGAAGAUUUCCACUUCCUGUCCAGUUCAUUAUAUAGAAAUGGCUCUUUAGUGGCCUGGGACCCUGCUCCUUUUUCUUCUGACCUAAAUGAGUGGUACAACAAGACGGAUUAUCCAAUAUUUAAACAGUAUCAGCGGUACAGACGACUGCACCCCCAACAGCUGUUUUAUAUCAUACAUCCCAGCAUGGAAUGGCAGCUGUGGAAGCUUCUACAAGAUAACAUGGCUGAUGCGAUUCAGAAGAACCCACCUUCCUCAGGUCUGCUAGGAACAGUACUGAUGAUGUCAGUAUGCGACAUCGUCCAUGUCUAUGAGUUCCUGCCGUCACGACGCAGAACUGAUCUCUGCCACUACUAUGAGAACUUCAGAGAUGCAGCCUGCACCUUGGGAGCCUAUCACCCUUUGCUCUAUGAGAAGAACCUGGUGAAGAGGAUGAACCAAGGUUCUGACCAUGACAUCUACAGUCGUGGCAGGGUGACACUACUCGGAUUUAACACAUUUGAUUGUAUGUAGUUUCAGCUCUUCUAACUGAAACACUGUAUUUAUUCAAUUUAGGAUUUGAAAUGUUACUAUGAGGGGCGUUCAAGUUAAUCCGGAACAGAAAUUU